GAAGCAACAUCAAUAAUUACAAAUCAAAAAGAGAAAUGGAGUUCAUCUACGACACUCUUGUUUGGUGCAGUCUUUUCUUAUCAGUAGCUUUGAUUCUCCUACUGAAUGGGAAAAAAUGGCGAAAUAUAAACAAGAAUCUUCCUCCAGGGCCUCCUGGGUGGCCAGUCUUUGGUAAUAUGUUUGACCUUGGAACCGCACCACAUCGAUCUCUCUACGAGCUUAAGUUCAAGUAUGGACCUGUGCUCUUGUUAAGAUUAGGAUCCAUUAACACAAUGGUGGUACAAUCAGCAAAGGCUGCUGCAGAGUUCUUCAAGAACCACGAUGCUAGCUUUUGUGAUCGAAAGUCUCCUGAUGUAUUAUCAGCCCACAACUAUGAAGAAGCAUCACUUGCAAUCGGCCGUUAUGGCUCCUUCUGGCGUAUGCUUCGCCGUCUUUGCUCCGUGGAACUCAUGACCAACAAGCGACUCAAUGAGACAGCUUCCAUUCGCCUAAAAUGCAUCAAUCAAAUGUUACGGAGCAUUGAAGAUGAUGUUGAAGCUGCGAAAGCAAGGGGAGAAUCAGGCGCAGUGAAUUUACCUCACUAUUUAUUCCUAAUGUCAUUUAACGUAAUAGGUAAUCUCGUGGUGUCAAGAGAUCUUUUAGAUUCACAGUGCAAAGAAGGGCAUGAAUUUUUUGAAGCCAUGGACAAAGUAGCUACGUGGGUAGGGACGCCAAAUAUAGCAGAUUUUCUACCUUUCUUGAAAUGGUUAGAUCCCCAAGGACUCAAAAGGAGCAUGUUGCGAGAUCUGGGAAAAGCCAAGGAGAUUGUUGCGAGUUUCGUGGAAGAAAGGAUUAAGGAUCGUAAAAUAGGGAAAGAAAAGACAAAGGACUUCCUUGAUACUUUGUUGGAAUUUGAAGGUGAUGGGAAAGAAUGGCAUGAGAAGAUCCCAUAUGAAAAAGUCAUUUUAAUUGUAUUGGAAAUUUUCUUUACCGGAACAGAGACAACAAGCACAACAACGGAAUGGAUCAUUGCAGAGCUACUUAAAAAUCCUGAAGCCAUGAGGAAAGUUAAAGAAGAAUUGAAUGAAGUUGUUGGAGAAAACAGAAAGGUUGAAGAGAGUGACAUAGAGAAGUUGCCAUAUCUUCAAGCUGUUAUAAAAGAAACACUGAGGUUACAUCCUGCAGCUCCUCUACUCCUCCCAAGAAACACUAUACAAAAUACAAACUUCAUGGGGUAUCAUAUACCCAAAGACACACAAGUUUUUGUGAAUGUUUGGGCAAUAGGAAGAGACCCAGAUACUUGGGAGGAUCCCUUCACCUUCAAGCCUGAGAGAUUCUUAGGUUCAAGCAUAGAUUAUAAAGGACAGAAUUUUGAGUUGAUUCCAUUUGGAUCAGGGAGGCGGAUUUGUGUAGGAAUAUCAUUAGCUCAACGGUUGGUUUCCUUUGGUCUGGCUUCUUUGAUUCAUAAUUUUGAUUGGGAACUUGACAAGAAUUCAACACCUGAGAGCUUGGAUAUGAGCGAAAGGAUUGGCAUUACUGUGAGAAAGCUUGAGCCAUUGAAUCUCAUACCCACAAAACGUCCAAGAACUAUGGUUGUUUAGCGAAUUGAAUAUAGCAUAGGGUCCAAGUGUAUGCUCAUUGCAUGAUGUACUGUACCAACUACAAUAUUAUAAUAUCAACUUCAAGUUUAGUAA